AUGAGGAAAUUAUAUCGUUCCGAUAGUGAAGGCCAUUUACCUUUUCUUGUUAAUCCUAUCGCAGAAAAGCGAACAUCUCUACAUCUAUGCAGAUACUGGCGAUCAUUGGCUCGUUUACAGCGUUUCGCUCUGCUCAUUUUACUCCUUUUUCUAUUCGUCAUUUGUUUUAUUGCAGCAAAAGGCACAGUAGGUGUGGACAGUGCAUAUCAGUUAUCAAAAAAUAUUGCAAAUGGUGCAGAACCAAUCGAUAUGCCUCCUAAUAAUGAUAAAUCAGCAGAAGAAAUAGCAUACAAGGAUUCAGCACUGCUGAAUCAGAGUCGCGAAAAUUCUAAAAGCGAUGAAGAGAAAGAUGAUGAUGUUGCGAACAGAGGAAAGAUUCAAAAUCUUAAACAUAUUAAAUUUAGAGGGGCACAAAACGAUAAACAAAAAGCAGUGGUGGAAGCAUUCAAACAUGCCUGGAAAGGAUAUAAGAAAUAUGCUUGGGGACAUGAUCAUUUGAAGCCGGUUACGAAGUCUUAUAAUGAUUGGUUUGGUUUAGGAUUAACAAUUGUUGAUUCGUUAUCAACUGCCAUUAUUAUGGGACUUAAUGAUGAGUUCAAAGAAGGAAGAAAAUGGGUUGCUGAAUCGUUGUCGUUUGAGAAGAAUCGUUUUGUGAGCUUUUUCGAAACAACCAUACGCGUACUUGGUGGUUUAUUAAGUGCUUAUCAUUUAAGUGGUGAUCAAAUGUUUGUUCAUCGUGCUGAAGAUCUUGGUUCUCGACUUGCUGCAGCUUAUGCAACCUCAUCUCCUAUUCCAUACAGCGACGUUAGCCUUACGAAUAGGGAAGGAAGGCAACCAUCAUGGAAUACUUACUGUUCUCUUUCUGAGGUAACCAGCGUCCAGUUAGAAUUGCGAGAUCUUUCUCGAGUAACUAACAACAACACCUAUGAAAUGCUUGCAUUUCGAACAUCCGAGCAUAUACACAAGGAAGGUUGUCGUGAAUAUGAUGGACUGUGUAGUAUGUUUAUUAGUCCAGUGACAGGACGAUUUAAAGAGCAAAUGAUCAUUACUAUGGGUGCACGAGCAGAUAGUUACUAUGAAUACCUAUUAAAGCAAUGGCUACAAACCGGCAAAACAAUUGAUUGGCUGAAAGAUGAUUAUAAUCAGUCAAUGGCAGCAAUGGAGAAACAUCUUUUGCGAUAUACAGAACCAAAUAAUUUUGCUUUUGUUGGUGAAAUAAUAAGCGAUAAUGUAUAUUCUUCGAAAAUGGAUCAUUUGGCAUGCUUUAUUGCCGGUACUCUUGCACUGGGCAGUCUGAAUGGUUUGCCAGCAAAACAUAUAGAGCUUGCAAAAGAUAUUGCAGAAGGAUGUCAUAAAAUGUAUGAAACAAAAACAGGUUUAGGUCCAGAAAUUGUUUAUUUCAAUACUGAUGGAUCAAAUGCUCAAGAUAUUUCAAUCAAACAUAUGGAUGCGCAUAGCUUAUUGCGACCGGAGGCUAUUGAAGCAUGGUUUUAUCUUUAUCGAGCAACAGGUGACAAAAUUUAUCAGCAGUGGGGAUGGGAAGUUUUCACAGCUAUCGAAAGUUAUGCAAAACUUGAACAUGGUUACUCGUCAAUAAAUAACGUCAAAAGAAUACCCGUUACAUAUAAGGAUAUGAUGGAAUCAUUUUUUCUAGCUGAAACUUUGAAAUAUCUUUAUCUUUUAUUUGAUGAUGACAAAACUGACAUUCCUCUCGACAAAUAUGUCUUUAAUACAGAAGGCCAUCCAUUGCCAAUUUAUGACCACUAA